AUGUCUUGGUGGGGCCCCUUAACAAAGCAGAUGCUGCUGAGGCUCUCACGGCACCCCGCCGUCUCCAUGUACGCACGUCAGGGAAUGAAUUACGUGAGGAGCCACCCGUCGAGUAUGAAAAUGACUACCGCGAUGUCUAACUCGUGGGGAGAACUAAGGAACCUCGUCAGGUCGUCUGCCUCAGCUUUUAACAAAUCAGGCUUCGAUGGCAGCACAAUGAAAGGUGGGUACACCGCACAAGUCUUUGGCAUGUGGAACAAAUAUAAGGGACGUGUGUUUUCAUUUAUUGCCGUGAAUUUCAUGGGGCUUUUGUUUUUGUUCCAGUUUGGCUCAGUGUUGUGGUCAGAGUCCAAGCAAUUUGUAGCAAGGCUCCUUACUGAACCAGAGAAGAAGAUCAGGAAAAGUGAGGGUGCUCCUCGCGCCAUCAAAGUCUAUGUGGAUGCUGCUGCUGAAGAGGUCGAAGGGAAAGAAAAGCAUCUUGCUCUGCAUCAUCACGAGAAGCAGAAGAAAGAGGAGAGGCAUCCAGAUAAAUCGGAGAGUUUGGAACGCUUCUCAUUUGUGUUUUCAGAUGGUACCGAUGCGUACGCCAGGGAGUCCAUGCAGCGUCUGGAGCGGGACGUGUUUGGCGACGUUGCGAAGCCAGAUUUUUCCACAUCCUUUAAAUUUCGCAUGAGCGAGGACGAGGAGUUCAGGUCAGCUGUGAAGAAGUAA